CUCGGAGCCAUGGGAUUGUAAUUGGAAGGAGAUAUCGUUGCUGGGCGGUGGCGGGUACUCGCCGGCGGCUAGUUUGGCGCGGAUUGAGGAUCGGAUUGCUGGCCUGGUAGAGCUGCUUCUCUUGGUCGAGGAGGCGUUUCUCCUUCUCCGAGGCCUUCUUCUCGUGGAGGCGCUUCCACUGCCACUUGUUCAGCCCGCCGGGGAAUGUGCGCGGCCCGCCGCCCAUGAAGCGGACAAAGAGGCCGGCGCGAAGUAGGUGGUUGACCGCCACUCUGGUCAGUUACAUUCCACUGAGUAAGGAUUGGAAAUGAACAAUAUGGAUUGGGACGGCGGCGAUUGUAGGACGGAGAUGGAACGGCCGGCGGCGGUUCCUGACGAGAACGCGGCGGCGGAGGGAGGUUUUGGUGGAGGCGAAUUGGGCAAUUGGGCUUACUACCGAAUGAAGAUAAAGCACAUAUUGGGCUUUGAAAGCCCAAAUCGGAAGGAAAGGAUCUAACAGGAAAAGCUCUACCGGUUCUUUCUCGUCUAUCACAGUCCUCAGAAGUCGGAACGGUACAGCCGAAGCUCGAAACUCUGCUCUGCUCUUCACGCUUCGCUUUCAAAGAGUUCUCUCACCGGCGGCGAUCUCUCCAUCCGCAAAUGGCUCCGGCUGGCCCCCGAUCCGGCGACGCAAUCUUCGCUAGCGUCGAGCGCGUGAAUGCAGAGCUGUUCACGCUGACGUAUGGCGCGAUUGUGAGGCAGUUGCUGACAGAUUUGGAGGAGGUUGAUGAGGUCAACAAGCAGCUGGACCAAAUGGGUUAUAACAUUGGGAUUCGGCUAGUUGAUGAGUUCCUAGCAAAAUCUAAUGUCUCUAGAUGUGUGGACUUCAAGGAGACAGCUGAAGUAAGUGCAAAGGUGGGUUUUAAGAUGUUCCUCGGGGUUGGUGCUUCUGUAACCAACUGGGAUGCUGAAGGGACAUGCUGCAGUAUCGUCUUGGAAGAUAAUCCUCUGGUGGACUUUGUUGAACUUCCUGAUACUUGUCAAGGCCUUUACUACUGCAACGUUUUGAGUGGAGUCAUCAGAGGAGCCCUAGAAAUGGUGUCUAUGAAAACGGAAGUUACAUGGCUCCGCGAUGUGCUUCGGGGCGAUGAUGUGUUUGAAUUGCAGGUUAAACUUAUAAAGCAAGUUCCAGAAGAGUACCCAUACAAGGAUGAUGAGUAAACAUCCUUGCUUCUGCUUGCCCUCCCUAGUUGUUCAUACACUAUCGCAAUAUCCUCCUUUUCUCCUGUAUUUUUUUCCGGGAAGGAGGAAUUUCUCUCUGAAUGUUAAAAAUCGUCUGCAUCUCCGAGGCUAUAACUUCUUGGACCUGGAAUAGAUGAAACUUGAUGACUAUGUAAGUUUGGUUAGCAGUUGAUCUUGAUUGAGCAUUUCAUAAAGAUUUUCAAGUGAUCCCUAAGGUUGGGGUAGUCUGUUUUCGAUUGUCAUCAUACUCUGGAAGUUCAAGAUUCUGCUCGAUUGGAUUGAAUCGACUUUUGGAUCGAACCAAAAUUAAGCUGAUGGAAUUCAAUAUUGUUUCAAUGCUAUGGAUUUUACAAAAUAAAACAGAG